GUGGGGGUCAUAAAUCCAAGUACUAGUUCAUUUUGAAACAUUUGUAGCAUUUCAUGUCGCCAUUUUCCCUCCUUUUGGCCUAAUCCCCAGAUUUUCCCUCCUUUACUUUUCAGUUUUCCCCCAAAUUAUCCUCUCUCCUCACAACAAUUUAAAGACUGAAAACUUCUCCCAUCUUCAUUUUUCAUUCUUCCAUACUUUUAGUUCUUCAUUGUAUUCUCUCGUCCCCAUCUUGCUAUUCUACACUUUUCGCAAGCAGAUUAAAGCAGUUUGUGGUGCUUUUUUUUGUGGGUUCUUGAACUUGCUGCUUACAUUUAUUACAAGAGUUGCAAUAUGGACAAGAGGCACAAAGUUCAAGGAGACUCAUUUUUGAGGAUGUCCAAUGUUGUAACUAAUUGAUAACUUCCAAAAUAGAAAAAGUGGGGAAGUUUGCAACUAUAAAACAUGGAUGAAGUGCAUGCCAAAAGGAGAUGCGAUGAGUGCAGUUAACAUCACAAACGUUACCAUUUUGGAUAAUCCAGCACCGUUUCUCAGUCCCUUUCAGUUCGAGAUAUCCUACGAGUGCCUGGAUUCUCUUAAAGAUGAUCUAGAAUGGAAACUAAUCUAUGUGGGAUCGGCUGAAGAUGAGACAUAUGACCAGCUUGUGGAAAGUGUACUCGUAGGACCUGUCAAUGUGGGCAACUAUCGUUUUGUUCUCCAGGCAGAUCCACCAGAUCCAUCAAAAAUCCGUGAAGAGGAUAUAAUUGGUGUGACAGUGCUGCUUUUGACAUGCUCUUAUCUGGGACAAGAAUUUAUCAGAGUAGGAUAUUACGUGAACAACGAUUAUGAAGAUGAGCAAUUGAGAGAAGAACCACCACAGAAGGUGUUGCUUGAUAAAGUUCAGAGAAAUAUUUUGGCUGAUAAGCCUAGGGUUACAAAAUUUCCUAUUAAUUUUCACCCAGAGAACAAUGAUCACAGUGAGCAGCCUGGAGCGUCACCUGAUCCUCCUGCAGAAAACAAUGAACAAGAGCAACUGCCACCACCAUCACCAUCUCCAGAAUCAGCUGAAUAGCUUUUGCUGCAAGAAAAGUAACUAGCUGCUUAUUACUCAGUUUCAGAAAAUUAGUUACAAAGAUUUUUGAUACCAUAUUUUAGAUGUGAAAUCCACAUGUCAGAGAAUAUAACUUUUUUCUGAACUGAUGAAAUGUUCAAAUGUACAAUAUGCCAUAUUGGAUCAGUAAUCUUUGAUACCUGUGUUUUAGAAAUUGAAGUUCAUUACUUAGAUUCCCAGAGUCUAUUUUUUGGAUCUUGUUGUACUCCUUAAAUGAAAGUCUAUUAAACUUCAAAGUUAUUGCUUCAUUUCUUUUA